GUAACGGUUUCCUUUUUGUACAGAAGUCGAAAACUACGGGGGUUACUUAGUAUGCGGCAUUAGAAAUGCGAUGGUGCGGUCUGUUCCCUACAAGCUGGCGCGCAUUCAUGGCGUUUCAUUGUACGCGGCAGUCGCGGGCUCGCCGCCGCGGGGGGAUCGCGUCCGCACCGACCGUGCACAAUGCUUCCCACGAACCGCUCUAUUUACUACGCUCACAUUUAUUGUUAUCGAAUCGUAUCCGCAUACUACUCGGGGCCCGAACUUUAAUAUGAUCGCACGCGACAUACUAACCACACUUUCAUUCAUCAAAACGAGUUGACAAGUGAAAAUGAAAUGGACACAGUGCAGCAUAAAAUGAUAAUUAACGUGAUAUUCUUUUGUUUGGUGAUGGGCGCGGCGCUUACGGAAGCGCCAGACGCUGCAGAUGGUUGUUUCCGAGUGCCCGGUGAGAACUGUGUGGAGUGCAAUGUACGGACACUGUCGUCGGACCGGGAUGUGGUCGGUUCGAUGCACUCGGAUGGCGCGGAGAGGCUUGCGAUCCGAUGCGGCUCGCAUUUUCUCGAGAGCACGCUGAAGGAUCAUUAUUUCGGAAAAAUGCAAGGUUUGACGGAGAUCACUUUGAGUGAUUGUAAAAUUCUUCGUCUUCCAGGUAAUGUCUUCGAGGGUCUACGAGGUCUCAAGACUCUAAAAUUACGUUCCAUGAAUAAUCAAUGGGGUCAUAACAAAGAGUUAGAUCUCUCUUUAGGAGCUUUUAAUGGAUUAAGAGAACUUCAUACCUUGGAUUUGGGAUACAAUAACAUACGAAAGAUCCCGUCGGACCUGUUUUGUGCACUGGAAAAUAUUAUUUCUCUUAACUUAACUCGUAACAAAAUCAAGUUUGUCGAUGAAUUAGGCUUCGGCCACAAAUGUGGAUCUACUCUGCAGACUAUAGAUUUAAGCUAUAAUGAUAUCAUGUCCUUGCCAGCUGAUUCCGAAAUAUUGCACUUAAGAAGACUAACGCAACUAUUUCUACAAAACAAUAAAAUAAGCGAAUUGCCGGGAGAAGUUUUCAGUGAUUUACUGUCGCUAAAAGUAGUAAAUUUAUCCGAAAACGCUAUAAAUUAUUUACCAGAAGGUCUAUUUCAAAAUACGAGAGAAAUUCGUGAAAUAUAUUUAAGUUACAAUGAGUUGGAGAUUAUGCCUAAAAAGUUAUUCAAUAGACUGGAACAAUUAGUCGUGUUAGAUCUUUCAGCGAAUAAAUUGAAAGGUGAUCAUAUAGAAGCUGAAACGUUUGGUGGUCUAAUAAGAUUAAUUGUACUCGACCUGUCACACAAUGCCUUCACUGGAGUCGCACAAAACAUGUUUAAGGAUUUAUUUUUUCUACAAAUACUUAAUUUAAGUAAUAACUCAAUUGGAUUUAUUGAAGAUAAUGCGUUUUCACCUUUGUUUAAUUUACAUACUUUAAAUUUAGCAGUAAACAAACUUCGGACUAUUGAAGACCAUGUGUUUAAUGGACUUUUUAUAUUGAAUAAACUAAACUUAAACAACAACAUUUUAUCAUAUGUUGCUGAAAACGCAUUUAGAAACUGUUCUGACUUGAAGGAAUUAGACUUAAGUUCUAAUAAAUUGACCCAAGUUCCCGAGGCGAUUUUGCAAUUACCAUUCUUGAAGUCGUUAGACUUGGGAGAGAAUUUAUUAACAGAAAUUUCGAACAAUUCGUUUCAAAAUUUAUCCCAGUUGACCGGGUUGCGUUUAAUCGACAAUCAAAUUGGAAAUCUCACUGCAGGAAUGUUUUGGGGCCUACCUAGUCUCCAAGUAUUAAAUUUGGCCAAAAAUAAAAUACAGUCGAUCGAGACCGAAACCUUUCAAAGGAACGCGCAAUUGGAAGCCGUUCGGUUGGACGGCAACUUCAUUUCUGAUAUAAACGGGGUAUUCGUGUCACUGACGAAGUUAUUGUGGUUGAAUUUGUCCGAAAAUCACCUAGUAUGGUUUGACUAUGCCUUCAUACCACCCGGAUUAAAGUGGCUCGACAUUCACGCAAAUUUUAUUGAAGUGCUUGGUAAUUAUUACAAAAUUCAAAAUAAUUUAAACGUUAAAACCUUAGAUGCGAGUCAUAAUCGUAUAGUUACAUUGAAUAAAAUGUCUAUACCAAAUAGUGUUGAAUUAUUGUUUAUUAAUAAUAAUUUUAUUUCGAGCAUUGAACCAGAUUCAUUCUUCGAGAAGAACAAUUUGACUCGGGUCGAUAUGUAUGCCAAUGAAAUCGAAAGCUUGGAUAUAAAUAGCCUGCGCAUCUCAAGAGUCGAUGAACAAGCAUUACCUGAAUUUUAUAUAAGUGGUAAUCCCUUUCGAUGCGAUUGUACAAUGAAAUGGCUUUUACUUAUUAAUUCUGUUACUUCUCGGGAAUAUCCACGAGUGAUGGAUUUAGAAAACGUGAUUUGCAAAGAAUCAUAUGUACGGGGUGUUAAAUAUCUUCCAGUUAGUUCUUUACAUACUAAAGAUUUUUUGUGUAAAUAUGACAGCUACUGUCCUGAAGAUUGUCAUUGUUGUGAUUUCAGUUUUUGUAAUUGUAAAACUGUUUGCCCUAAUAAUUGUUCAUGCUAUCACGAUUCAACUAAAACCACGAAUGUUGUAGAUUGUUCUGUGAAACAAUUAGAUGCGGUACCACGGGACUUUCCUAAUGGUGCAACUCAUAUAUAUUUAGAUGGUAACAAUUAUAAGGUACUAAACGAAUCUGUUUUUAAUUCAAUGCAUAAAGCAAUGGUUUUAUACUUAAAUUCAAGUAGUGUUAAUAACAUAAAAAAUGAAACAUUUCGUAGUCUAAACGAUUUACGGAUUCUACAUUUAGACGAUAACAAAAUAAGACAUUUACGCGGUCUCGAGUUUUCAAAAUUGAGUAAUUUAAAAGAAUUGUAUCUUCAAAAUAACGUUAUCGAGUUUAUCUCAAAUGUCAGUUUUUCCUUUUUACUUGCUCUGGAAGUUUUACGCUUGGAUGGAAACAGACUCGUGAACUACGGCUUGUGGCAUUUGGACAAUAACAAAAAGUUACAAACGCUGUUUAUAGGUAACAACUACUGGUCAUGUAACUGUAAAUAUUUACAAGGUUUCCUAAUGUACAUAUCGCAGAAUCUCGAAAAAGUAAUAGAUAUUCACAAUCUAUGGUGCUUAAAUGACAACACGAGCCCAGCAAAAAAGCCAUUAAAUUUAAAUGUAACUGUUUGUAGUGAAAUAAGUGAUACAUCGAUUAUAAGCGCGUUCUUCGUCUCUAAUAAUAUACCAUUGUUGGCUUCGGCUCUUACUGGGUUUAUGCUUAUUUUAUUAAUAUUAGCGUUAGUAUUUACAUUUAGAUACGCUUGCAGAAUGUGGUUGUACUCAAAUUGCGGCAUUAAGCUCUCUCCCUUAGCGGGAGCUUUUAACGAUGCUGAUAAGCUUUAUGACGCUUAUAUUUGUUAUAGUCCCAAAGAUGAAGAGUUCGUCAUAGAAUCUUUAGCUCGGGAGCUCGAAAAUGGCUACCCGUCCUAUCAUCUUUGUCUACAUUACAGAGACGUACCGCAGUUUGAAGCUACAUACGCUCAGUUUCCCGAUUUAGUGGUUGAAGCGACAGAAGCUUCGAGGCGUAUUAUAGUAGUAUUAUCAAAAAAUUUUAUCUUAACAGAAUGGUCACAAGUAGAGUUCAGACAAGCUUUACAAAGAGCCCUCCGAAAAAAUCCUCAUAAAUUAAUAAUAGUCGCUGUAGGGCUUGUUGCGCGAGAUCCGGAAUUAAAAUCGUAUUUCAAAACUGGUUUGGAGAUAACGUGGAAAGAGAAACGCUUUUGGGAAAGAUUACGAUACGCAAUGCCCUCUUCUAAGCGACGCGGUCACAAGUUGAAAAGACUCAAUUAUGGGAGAAACUCUAACACAUACACAAUGGACGCGUCUGUUUUAAAUAGUACCUGUCAGACGCUCUGUGGUAAAUCCGCUAACUCAGCAGAGCGCUCUCCUUGUGAUAGGCCGCUGUCGGAGCAUAUAUAUUCCACUAUAGAUUCUGACUACUCAUCCAAUGAUUUCCAAGGCCGUCACAAUCAGCCACAAUCUGUGGUCUUACAACAUACCGUUCAAACGUACCUGGUAUAAAGACCCCAGUAAUUAUUAUCAGAACGAUCUCAUAUGUAAUGAUAGGCAUUGCUAAAAUUUCGCUUAGCUGUGAAUAAAAUGUAAUUAUUGUCCCAUUUUGUAAAUAGUCCUCAUAGUGUUUGUAUAGUUAUAACUUUUGUACAAUAACGAUACCAAAUUUCGCAUUUCUGUUCGAUUUGCUUCAACAUAUUUAUUGCAUUUUGUUUGAUAGAUAAUUUUAUGAGUAUUAAUUCGAAAGACUGUAAAUUAUUAUUGUGUAGUUUUUAAUAAAAU